CUCCUCUCGUGCGUCGUAGCACCAGACAAGUCGCUCGCAAUCUAUCAAUAUGGCCCCGCACUCACAGGUAGACAUGUCGUGUGUCCGUGAUAGCCUGUCGGCACCGGCGGCACAGCCGUUGGGCCACUGGCUUAGACAUCAAGGCCGCAGCACAUGCACCGCACAAACAGAAGUGACGCUGUAGACACAUACACAUACACACACACCCACGUGUGGGCAGCGCAUAGCUGAGAGGGACAGGUGAGUCGUUGUGCCUGUCGGCUUACACAUGGGAUGAGUACGAUGGACUUCUUUGAGGCCAUGCAGAUGUCACACUCAGUGCUCUCCUCUAGCCUGUGUGCAGCAAACAAGACAGACGACCAGCCACGGCCAGCCAAGGGAGAGAGACGGGCGGCCGCCCAUUGUGUGUGUUGGCUAGAGUUGCUAAGAUUACCUGUCCUUCUCGCGUUUGAUGUCUUCCUUCUCCUUGAGUAUGGCCUCCCUCUCCAGCCGCAUGGCCUCGAGCUGCUGGCGCAUCAACUCCAACUCACUAACCUCCCCAUCACACCUGCAGCCAACCACACACACAGGCACAGUGACUGUUGUCUGUCCGUCUCGCUUCUUCGGCUGCUCUGUCCGUCAAAGCGUACCUGUCCUGACUACUGCGGCCCCCGGCUGCCAAGGGGGCGAGGCCCUGCUCGUCACAGCCAGCACGGCUAGUGGAUGGUGCUGGUGUGGGUGUGGGUGUGUGUCGGUUGGGAGGCUGUGGGGGCGGGGCGGCCGGGCGGGGCGGCAGAGGGAAGGGCAGGGCUGGCGCGUUGUGGGGGCCGCCAGACACUGACGAGUGCGAUGAAGAGGGCCGCGUCGACUCGGACGAAGACGAAGACGGGAAGACUCUCGAGCUGAACACACAGGCACACCGGAGAUGUCAGUGCUGAGUGUGGUGGAUCCCUUUGGUGGGUCUCACUUGUCAUCUCGUUUGUCAGCCGUGUUGGUCUGCUGCUGCAGUGCAUUGCCGCCAGUGCCUUUGCCGCCCCUCUUCUUGCGGCCGACGGUGAUGAAGCCGCCGCCAUCAUCGCCACCACCACCCGCUCCUUGCUGCUGCUGCCCCCUGCCGCCACCCAUCGAGCCAGAGAUGGCCGACGGCACCGAUGCAGACGACGAUGAGUAUGAGCAUGAGGGUCGGGGAGGGGAGGGGGGCGACGGGCUGGGGGGACCUGGAAAGCCACGAAAAUCUUCUGUGUCCUCCUCGUGCUCCUGGGUCACGGGCUCCACGUCUAUGUUGUCAGCGCCAACACUGCGUGCAGACCGACAGACACACACCGUCUGCAUGACAGCUUUCGCCCGUCUGUCCAUCUCAGUCACCUGGAUGAUGAUGCCAUUUCGUUGUUGUCGGUCGUCUUGGUGCUGUUGGCCCCCCUGCCGCCCCUCUUGCCCUUCGAUCGCCUCUUGUCGGCCCUACUGCCGCUGCCGCUGGUGCUGAUGUUGGUGUUCUUCUGGCCCUCAUCUAUGUGGUCAUCUGCCAACUCGGCCGCUAGAUUCGCCUCGGCCCGCUCGUUGGCCGCCUUGUCUAUCUCGUCAAAUAACUCCACCAACUGACACACAACAUACAGUUAAUGUGCCCCGUUACCAUCAAUCUGUGUGUCAGGUCAUGUAUGUCGCCUACCUCCUUGGGCACUGUCAAAUGCUGCUGGUGUCCCUUGCGUCUCCCCGGCUGUCUGCCGGCCGCGCGCAUCGUCUUGACCGAGUCGUGCUGCAGGAUGGCCUGGGUGACGCUGUUGGGACGGAACGUGCCCCCUCGGCUGCUCACGCGAUCGCCAUAGCUGCACUCAGGAACACACAGAACACGGACAGCACUGUGACUGACGUGCGAGAGAGGAAGCGCGUGAUGGAAGCAGACGCGCAUGUGUGUAUGCCGACCUAACAAGAGCUUUCAGCAAGCCGAUGGCGACGUAUACGAAGGCUUCCACAUAGUCCUGACGGAUCUGGCGCUUAAGGAGCUCGAGCAGCAUCUGACACAUGGCUGCUGGGAGUCCCUCGCACACAGCAAUCUGCAUCCAUUCAUCAGCAGCCACAUAAGCAAAAUGCGUCACCACCCAUCCUGCCUGUCUGCCUGCCUGCCUGUCUGACUGACUGACUGACUGACCUUGGCGCGAUCGCCAGUGAGGUCUGUGUCCGACCCUACGAUGAAGGGCAGGUUGUAUGCACAGAAGAGCAAAUUCUCGUCCGCUAUCUUGCUGAUGGGUUUGCCGAAGUCCGACACGAUCGAGAUGCAUCGAGACCGGUACACCUCACUGCGAUGCCCACACACUACGUUCACAUACACGCAAAGACGCGCAUACAGAGGCACUGCAGUCCAUGUCUUGUUUCUGGCCCGUGCCCCACCCAUUUCUCUCACCGGCCAACAUAAGUGGGAUGAUAAGGGCCACCUUAUUGCUGCCCAUGGCUUUCGUGGCUGUGGCUGCGAAGGCCUCCAACGCCCCGGGCGAUCGAACAAGACGCUGAACAGGCCCGUCAGCAAGACAGGCAAAGUAAUCCACAUCUGCAACCACAAACCGACACAAAAGGCAUCAAGCCAUGGAGACAGAAAGACGCAAAGAAGAAGGAUCUGUCCCACCUAUGACUUUGACGAAAUCGUGGCAGAGCCAGAAGAUGCUUGAGAUCUUCCGGGCGGCAGCAAAGCGCACUGACUCGUCCGCGUCGGAGGUCAGCGUGGCGGCAAAUGUGUCAACGUAGGGGUAGACGUCCUUCUGCAGCGCCUCCAGACACUCAGCACGCUCCGCAUAAGACCCUGAACAAGACGGCCGGACACCGACCAUAUUCAGGUUGUGUGUCCCGACCGACCUACCUACCUGUCUCAAACACAAAUUUCAUGUGUGUGCUGAUGAGGUCCCUGACGCCCCAACACCUGAGGAAGAACAAGAACCAACGACAACAGGGAGGGACAUUAUUACGGAGGGCCCUCUUGGACCGGCCGGCUGGCACUCACAUUUUCUCCCCCGGGCGUGUCUGACACUUGAUCAGCACAUGCCAGAGCCCAACCCACAGGAAGGUCGGCAUGGGUGUCGGGGGGAAGGGCGGGACACCCUCAUGGACCGACGCCUCUGACUCAUACGCAGCAGCGAGGAACUCGAGUGCGGCGGCGGCCAUUCCGGGGCCCUCCUCCUCUGCGAUCUUGUCCGCGAACUCGAGGGACCGCUUGAGUACGGCGGGGUGAUGCUGCAGCAGAUAGCCGCGGGAGUCGGCCACGUUGCCCUCCCGCCGGCCAUUCUUCAUCGCGCUGGCCAUCAGGUUGAAGGCCAUCCCCUCGAGCGGCCAACUCGCAGGCAGCGGCAGCGGGAUCAUGUCUGCAAGGGCACGGAUGAAUGGCCGUAGCCCAAUGACCGGGAUGAGCAAAGAGGCGACAUGGUAACCUCCAGUAGAGUGCCACUGACAAAUGCCGCCCAGCACGGUUCCCGCCAGUGCCUGGCGUCCCGGGUUGCUGCCGUCAAUGAAGGCUCCAAACACACGCCGCAGCAGAUGCUGGUCAGAAAGCUCCCUCUGCCCGUUCAGGGCAUACUUGGCGACCGCUCUGAGGCUGUUGUCGAGGGCAUCCUCUGACAGCUCGCCUGCCGUUGAGAGGAGAGCGAUUGCCUCAUCGGCGUCGGAGGGACGAGAGGAGCCCGUGCGAGUCAUCGCUGUAAGGGAGAUGCCGGGGGUACCAGAUCACCCGACAGCAUAUAGAGCAGCCGAAACCCAGAUGGAUGAAUGUACGAGCACCUGCACGAGCAAAGACCACGCACCAGUGACGCUGGGCCGCUCAUGAUGCAUUUUCUUCCUUUUUAGCUUCUCCCACCUUCAUGUCGGGUGCCGUGCAACGUCAGGCCCG